AUGGCGUCUUCGGCCGUGUCUGCGGCCGACGCCGUGCCGAUGGUGUUCGUAGCCGAAGCCGACGGCCGCCGCACGCGGCGAAUAUUAUUUGUGAGUGCGGCGGGUGCUUCGCUUGCUGGCUGCCCUCCAACAUCGCAAAGUCACUGCGAUGAGGAAGGCAGCGUCUCUACUGGCGGCGUCGAUGAGAUUUCCCAAGGUUCGCGGCGGUGCGCGUCCUUGCCUCCUCUCCUCCUCCACCACCUCCGCCUUCUCUCCGAACCCUCCUCCUCCACAGACUGCGGCCACCGCCACCGAGGCCUCUUCCUUCCCAUUCCUUUUCUCCAUGGCUUCUCCAGGCUUCUCUAUCACCUCGCCCAGGCUCCUUCUACAGCCUCCUCCCCUCUCGCGCCCCACUUCGUUGCACUCUUUUCCAGCGCCACGCUCUCCCCUAGUCCUUCAGGCCCAAGAAGAGGAAAAGAAUCAGUUGAAACAGAGGGGGAAGAAUGGAUUGUUGAGUGGGAAGAAGAGGAAGAAGCUGAGCCAAUGAUUGGAGAUGGAGGGGACGGCGGUGGAAUCGUGCUGGGAGACGUUGGGUGUGAGCGGGCUCUGUCGGUUGCUCAUGAGGUUCUCCAGCUCCAUUUCGAUGAUGAUAUGGUCAUCUUUGCGUUUAAGGUGUCUCCUAGAGGGUACAUUUAUGUGCGUCUGGAUAAGCUUACAAACAAAUAUGGGUGCCCAGCUAUGGAGGAAAUUGAAAAUUUUAGCAGUCUUUAUAAGAAGCGACUGGAUGAGAUUGUGGAGUGUGGGGAGAUACCUUUAGAUCUGGCUCUCGAGGUAUCAUCUCCAGGCGCGGAGAGACUGCUAAAGGUACCUGAGGAUUUGGACCGGUUUAAAGAGAUGCCCAUGAGUGUGCAAUACUUGGAAGAGAAUCUUGAUUCCAAACACUACCAGCAAAUAGAGAGUUUCAUGUUAGCGUCGAUUGAGAGCGAUACCGCGCACUGCGUGUGGAAACUCGCAGAUGUUAAAGAGAACAGGGCUGAGGCAGGUAAAGGAAGGCCAUUGAGCAGGAAGCAGAAAGAAUGGAGAUUACGGCUACCUUUUGAAGCAAUAAAGAGGGUGAAAUUUUACUUGAAUUGAUCGCCGAGUAUUUUGGUAAUUGGUCUGUGAUCAGAUUUGACGCAUGCCUAUAAUGUCAGGUCUAGUGAUGCUGAUAGCCUUUCCAUUACAAAUUUUUACAGAAGAAAAUCAAACUCACUUACAAGACCUGAUGGUGAUUUUCAUCACGGCAACAAUCAUAGCAAGGAAGGAGGAGAGAAAUCCGGACUCAUCUGUGCCACUGUGCUGCAUUAAUGCUCGUCAAUGUACUCAGUAGCCUUCCAACUGCUCAUAGUUUUUGUAUGAAUUGGUGUCCUUGGUUUAAGGUACAUGAUUCUUAGUAGAGCAAGGAAGAAGAAUGUAGAGAGACAACUUAGGAAGUUGGAAUUACUCAUGUAAACACCAUAAAACUCGCAAUAUAAGUGAAACGCCUAUGGUGAGCAACCAUAUUCUAGUGUUAAA